AUGGUCCACAAGAGCCAGGGCCAGCACACAGAGAGGCUGAUUAAGAUGGGGUUUAAGAAGUUUCAUCAGUUUCUAUAUCAAGAAGAGAGAACCAGGAUAGCUGCACUGAAGGAGGAAGAGGAGCAGAAGAAACUACAAGGAUACAGUGAAAAGUGCACACUGCCAGAUCCAGAGAGGGUUUCAGGAGCGCUGAUAGACGUGGCAAAGCACCUGGGAAACCUGCAGUUCAGAGUCUGGGAGAAGAUGCAGGGAGUAGUUCACUACACUCCAUUGACUCUGGACCCCAACACUGCCCACCCAGAACUCAUCCUGUCUGAUGAUCUGACCAGUGUGAGAUACAGUGAUGAGGAACAGCAGCUUCCAGACAACCCAGAGAGGUUUGAGAGCCAUAGAAUGGUCCUGGACUCUGAGGGUUUUAACUCAGGAACACACAGCUGGGACAUUGAUAUUAGGAAGAAUAAAGGCUGGGACCUGGGUGUGAUCACAGAGUCUGUCCAGAGGAAGGAAUACAAUGGUUAUUGGCAUGGAUCCUGGGGUGUGUUAUUUGGUGGUGGUGAUUAUAACACACAUGUACCAAAUAAGCCACUCACUCCCUUCACGGUGAGACAGAAUCCCCAGAGGAUCAGAGUGCAGCUCGACUGGGAAGGAGGAAAGCUGUCAUUCUCUGACCCUGUCAAUAACACACAUCUACACACAUUCACACACACUUUCACUGAGAGAGUCUUUCCAUACAUCAGGAAUCUAUGUUUUCUCCACCCUCUGAGAGUGUUACCAGGUAAGGUGACUGUAUCAGAGGGUACUGUCUCUGUCUGAAUCAGGGACUAACAUGAUGUAAAUGAGUCAUUAACACUCACUGAUGUCCUUCAUUAAGAUUCUCACUGAGGGAGAAAACACUGUGAUGGAGAGUAUCAUUGUCUGACUCACCUGUUACUAUUGUUGAAUGAAAAUGUAAUCUGUUCUUUGUUGGUUUUAAUUUUACCACAUUUAGAUUUUGUCUGGUUGUUUUAACACUGGCAGUAUGUAUCACAAUCAACUUGGGAUGCCUGAAUGGCAUUUGGCGUAUAGUUUUGUGGCCUUGGACCGUGCCUCUGUUAGCUAGCUUGUAGUCAAUAACACCGUUAAUGUAUGUCUGUAGAGUGCAACACAUUUUAAUCCAAUAAACAUGUGUGAAUUA